UUCAUUGAAUCAGGAAACUCGUCUUCCCCACUCCCAAAACCUUAUUAGGAGCUUCCGAAUAGUGCUGAUCCAACUUUUUGUAAAGGCAUCGGUAGUGUAGACGAGCUAUACUUGAUGGAGGGGGAAGUUGAAGGCCCAAACUCAAAAGAGCGUGUUUAUGUUUGACUUACGCGUUUAAGAUAUUCUUCUUGCGUCAUUAAUCUCCAAUGGAGCAGAAUAAAGAAACAGCUGUGAAGACGCCUAUGGUGUACAUUUGUGGAGAAUGCCACCAUGAAAACGAAAUUCGUCCCCGAGAUCCUAUCAGAUGCAGAGAAUGUGGUUACCGAAUUAUGUACAAGAAGAGAACUAAACGAUUGGUCGUGUUCGAUGCUCGUUAAUAUGCAAGACCAAGAGCCUCCUAGCAAGUUGCUGUUCUUUAUAUUUGAAGAAUGACAAUGUCCUGUGAUGUACAAAUUUCUCUAGACAACAGAAGAAGGGUGUGAUUUAAAAGUUAUUGAUGGGUGGGAUUUAAAUAAAGUUCAUACUAAUGAUCA